AUGGUGGAGCAGCCACCGUUUAGGAGAUUUCUAAAUUCAUUGCAACCUUUGUGGUUAAAUAUUUCUCGCAUCACAUUGGCUAGGGAUGUUGUGAAACGUUUUGAUUAUGAGAAGGUUUUACUGAAAAGUAAGUUGUGGUCUUUAAAGUCUAGGAUUGCUUUGACUACCGAUAUAUGGACUUCAAUUCAGAAUAUUAGCUACUUAUGUCUCACUGGUCACUACAUUGAUGAGUAUUGGGUUAUACAUAAAAGAAUUCUUAAUUUUGUGCCUAUUAGUAGUCACAAGGGAAGGGAGAUAGGCAAAGUGGUUGAGAAGUGCAUUUUUGAUUGGGGUAUUGAAGAUAAAGUGUCUACUAUAACGUUGGAUAAUGCUAGCGCUAAUGACGUGGCAAUCACUUACUUGAAGGGCAAAUUAGCACUACUUCUGGAUGGCAAGUUCUUCCACAUGAGAUGUAUUGCUCAUAUUAUGAAUUUGAUCGUGAAAGACUGUCUUAGUGAGACAAAAGAUUUAUUAGCCGAAUUCAGGUUAGAAGUUGAGGAUCCCAACUACAUCGCGGAUUUGUCACAUGAUACACCUUCUAACGAAGAUUGGGAAAAAGCAAAUGUAUUUGCUAAAUUCCUCAGAAAAUUUUAUGAAGCUACAAAAAAAAUGUUAGAGUUGAACUAUGUGACUUCUAACACUUACUUUCAAGAGACAAUUGGUAUUGUGCUUUCUUUGAAUGACUGGGAGAAAGACGCAAAUCCAAUACUUAACAACAUGUCAAAGAAAAUGAAAGAGAAGUUUGAUAAGUAUUAUGGAAGUGUUGAUAGAUCAAACAUGAUGGUAUUGAUUGCAGCAGUUUUAGAUCCUCAGUUUAAAAUGAAAUAUGUGGAGUGGGGGUACAAAAAGAUUUAUGGCAAUGAUUUGCAAAAGAUUGGGUUGAUGUCUAGAAAGUUGAGAGAUUUGUUACAACAGUUGUAUGAUUUUUAUGUGGAAGUUGUAUCAAGUUUCCAAGAAAGCCAAACUUCCGGUUCUUCCCAAAUUACCGGAAUUGGCUAG